ACUACACUAGGCUAUAAAUGUCUGGAGACCUUUAAGAGACCGCGCAUGCGUGGAGACCGAUAAGGCUUUAAUAUUAGAUCCGUGCAUUAGGAUUGUGCGGGUGAGCUCCAGUCAUUAGAUUUUGGUGGAAUACGGAUAUUGUUUGCAGGUUGUUUUUUGUUUGUUUGUUUUUUGGAGAAGUUGUUUGCCAACUCUGCAGGGCCAGGCUGGUCUCCAGUCCGCCAGCCUGACUCCAGUUUGUGCCUGACAACCUGCUGACUGGCAUCUUCUGGUGACCGUCGCGUCAGGGUGAUAACUUCACUUGGAAGCAAGUUCGGAUGUGGCAAGCAAACUGCAGACGAAUGCACAAUUUAGCAGGCUGGAUUACUGGCACAGUGAUGGGAGGCUGUGUGGGGAGGAACAGGACCGACGGACAAGGGAGUGUCCGAAGCUCGACAAGGAGUAAAAAACGUGGAGGACGUAAUGAGCCCCUCAAAAAGGAGUGUCCAAAAUGGAAGAGCGAGUAUCCGAUGACAGAGGGCCAGCUGAGGAGUAAGAGGGAUGAGUUUUGGGAUACGGCUCCAGCUUUCGAUGGACGGAAAGAGAUCUGGGAUGCACUCAGAGCAGCAGCCCUGGCUGCAGAGUGCAAUGACCUGGAGCUAGCACAGGCUAUAGUGGAUGGAGCCUGCAUUACUCUGCCACAUGGCUCUCUCACGGAAAGUUAUGAUGAACUGGGAAACUGUUACCAGCUCCCAGCAUACACUUUAGCCCCGCCUGUCAACCUUAUCUCUGAAACGUCCAGUGAAAGCAAAGUUUCUGAAUCCACACAAAAGCAGGCUCAGCCCCCUCCAUGCAGACAAGAGUUCCAGCUGCGGGUGCGAUUGUCAACAGGAAAGGAUGUGCACCUGACAGCGAGCAUGGUAGACUCUAUCUCUGAGCUAAAGAAACAACUGGAGGAGCAGGAAGAAAUUGAUGUGACCCGUCAGAGGUGGUUCUUUGCUGGGAAGCUCCUGACUGACAAGACUCGUCUGCAAGAUUCCAAGAUCCAGAAAGAUUUUGUUGUCCAAGUGAUUGUCAAUACAAACCCUUCAGUCAUAACUAACUGGGGAGACAGACAGAAGGUUAUGAAAUGAAGAAAAGACAAAGGACGUGCCAGAGAGGGGUGCAGUAACAGGAAUAGGACCUGUAAUUAUUUUCCAGUUGGAACUGCAUUGGAAUUUUGUGUACUUUUUUAAAUAAAAGAAUUUAUUGCUUUUGUAUUGCUCCUUUUCUAUUUUUUUUCCAAAUGAAGUAAGAGUACUAAAAGGCACUGAAACACCAAAAAGUAGAUUACUAAGAUGUGCAUCUCAGUAUCAGUUUGUUUGUGUGGACAUCAAUUCACAGCUCUAUUGUUUACACGUUUGCCUCCUUGUCAUGUGUGAUUGUACUUGUGCUAAUUGUUAAAUUGAACGUGGAUUAUCCAGGCAUCCAAGGAAAAAUCAAUUCUCACUUUUUUCUUUCUUUCUUUUACUUUUUUUUAAGGUUUCUGUCAUGCAAUUUGAGAAUCAGGAUGGCAGAAAACUCUAAUGGGAAACAAAAAUGUAAAUACCAUAUGUACUGUUUGGUCAUGUAACUACUGUAUAUGUGUAUUAUAUGUUAAUUUCACAACUGCAUAUUCAUAAUGAAGACAAGGAAUGUAAGGAAGGCACCUUACUAAAAGGUAUGAGAUAAGAUUUGUUUUAUUUCAUCACUUUGGAGGCACCUGGUUUGUUUGAGAUGAGGUCUAAGCAUAUUCAGACAGCUCUAUCUAGUCAGUCUUUAGGGCACGUUGGAGGAGACGGGUCUGUUUGGUGCAUUUUUAGAGGUGCUUGGUUUGGUCUAGAUGAGCAGAAGUUAAACUACAGGAGAUGUAAUGCUAAAGGGAGUUUUUCCUCUCCGCCGUCGCUAAGUGCUUACUCAAGGGGGACUUGUUGAGGUUUUCUCUAAAUGUUAAGUUUUAGACCUUACUUAUGUAAAAUGUCCCGUGACUUUUGUUUGAUGCUAUACAAAUUAAAUUCAAGUGCUCAGGUUGACGGCAUGUAGAAUUGUGUUAAUGAAGCAUCAGAUAUUCAGCA